AUAUAUGUAGGAAUAAUGUACAUCUGCAAGGUCUGGAUCCAUCUGAUGGUUUGAUGCUUUAUUCCCGUCUCAUGUCCUCAUGCGCUCAAGACCAGAAGUAUCACAAUCGGCAGAAAUGCGUACUCCAAUCACUAAUGGUGAAUAACCCUUGCAUAUCGCAGCGCGUUAUCAAUCAUCAGAUUGUGCUCGACGACCACGAAUUUUUUUGCUAAGCGUGCUCUCGCUGACAUGCCCGACUUAUCAUUUUAUCCUAAUGGGAGACACCUCCGAGAAACAAGAGAACGAAGAAACAGGCAGAAGAUACCGCUGAAAGAGACACUAGGACCGACAAGGGAGAUAAAGGAAAAGGAAGAAGGCCAGCAACGCCUACGAGGGCGGGAACGACGAGGUGAUCAUUUACCUCUAGGUCCCCCCAACUUGGUUACAUACAUUGGAGACAUUGUUCAAAGCCAAUAUCACGGUUCCUUUUUUUUUUGGGUUGAGGCUAUUGCAGAGGCGGUCCGGCGACACAGUCGCUUCCAACAUGCAGCCUUGGGGAGCCUAGGAUUCAAACCAAGCCGACAUGUCAGUGUGCGCUUAGAAGAUAGUGAACGUUAACCGCGAGGAAAUGCUUUAUGCACGAACAGUGUGGGACCUGGGACUUAUUGUGUGGC